AUGUCUCCUUCUACUUCAGCUACCAUGCUCUGGCCCCAGGCCAACCGUACCGUCAUUGACAUCGGCGGUUCGUCCCUCAACCUGACCUUCGACCGUCAACUCCCCGAUGCCUUCCGUGGCCAAGGCUACUUUCCUAAGGAAAUGGCCUAUACUUAUGGCAUGGAUAAGUGGAACGUCAUUGCUGGCACUUCGUACCAGACAUCUGACGAGAUCUCCAUCAUCUCAGCUACCGCCGGUAAAGUUGUCUCUGACAUGCCAAAGACUAACAACGUCAUUGUUGACCUUGGAGCUGCCAAUAGCCCGAAGUUCGAGCCCUAUGUCAACGCCUUUGUCAACCAGGGUAAACAGGUUACCUAUAUCGCUCUCGACAUUAACAAGGAAUCACUCACUGCUCACAUCAACCGCGCCGCCGAUCGAUUCCCUGGUGUCUCCUGCAUCGGUCUUUGGGGAGACUUCUCACAGGGUGACAAGUUCUACAAGAACAUCAUUGGCAACCGCAUCUUUCUGUCUCUCGGUUCCAUCUUCUACAACGCACCCGAUCAGAUGUGCGUCGACCGCUGCCUCGAGGUCAAGGCUCACCUUUCUGGUCUCGACCGUCUCAUCGUUGGACAAGACGGCCCCUCGGCCGGUGAGAGCGCCAACACCCACAAGGCAUAUGGCACUGCUGCCUAUGUUGACUUCUUCAACACCUAUCUGGCCGGUAUUCAGAAGCACGCUGGUAUCGUGGCUGACCCCAAGACCGCUUGGGGCUACGAAUCCAAGUUGAUCAACACUAUGCACUUCUUCGAAGUCACGGCCCUGAAGAAGAUGGUCUGCCAGCGCUACGGCGGCUAUGUUGUCAGGAAGGGAACCAAGUAUGUCAUGUUCCCAUCUUGGAAGCGCGGCGAGGAGGAGAUCCACGACAUCACCAACAAGCAGGGUCUCAAGAUCAUGACUCUCGGCAAGUCUCCCUCUUCUGGUAUGCGCCAGUAUCUGGUUCAGCCUCAGAACUAA